AUGUUAGUGGGUUCCACGGUUUUUGUGGACAAGACCUUUACACUUGUCAAGGCACGAUACCUCUCACUAUUUAUGGACUUGGAGGGCUUAUCAGAAUACAGUUGGGGAGCAGCUGUGUUGGUUACCCUUUAUAGAUAUCUUGGAGAUGCUUCCAUGUUCAGUUGUAAGCAGCUCGGUGGUUAUCCGACUUUCCUACAAUGUUGGAUUCAUGAGUAUUUUCCAACACUUGUAAAAGAAGGAGAGAAUUGGAUACCAGCUAAUAAUGUUGGUCUCCCUCGAGCAAUGAGAUGGUCCUAUAGGCAAUGUGUCUUGAAGGUGGAUGACUUGCGACCUAUUCUGGACGAACUGACACCUUCCGAUUUCAUAUGGCGCCCAUUUGAGGAACAUAGAGUAUGGAAUCAGUUUGAUGAGUUAUGUAUAUACAGGGGGUGUCCGAGGUGGGGUGACACUAUUAUUCCAUACUUUCUUGACAGAUGUAUGCGUCAGUUUGGAUAUAGGCAGCAUGUUCCACCUCCACCUCUUGAUUAUAUGAUGACUGGUGAUAUUGAUGUUGAGUGGAUUAGUUACCAUCAAAGCAUUGAGGAUUUGAUUCGUCGUACAACACUGGCCACUACCCCAUUUGAGACAGAUGAUGGAUAUCUUCAGUGGUAUUAUCUUGUUCCGCAUUCUCGUCUGUUACCGCCCCAUCGUGAUGCGCCAAGUGAGGUUCCAGUUCCUGUUUACGAUGCAGGACCGCCUGAUCCUAGUUGGGCUCGUGUUUCUUCAUUGAUUCAUCAUUAUCUUCAACAGACUAGUGUUGAAGAGGAUAAUCCACAGUUUACUGAGUUGUUCGAAGCUUUACGUAUUGCUCGUUCACAUUGA